AUGGUAUGUGCUGUGAUUUAUAGACAUCCAAAUGGCAUUUUGGACGAGUUCACUGACUAUCUUUAUGCAGCUAUUGAUAAAAUCUCUAAUGAAUCAAAACUUUGCUCAUUGUAUGAUGAUUAUAAUUUGAAUCUGUUAAAUUUUGAAUCUCACAAUCCAACAGGUGACUUCAUAAACCAUAGAUAUUUUAUAUACACUAGAUAGCGCAUCUCUUUUAGUAAAAUUGAAGCCAAGAAUAUUCCAGCGGUUACCCCCACUUGAAUAGAUGGCGGCCAUGUUGGUAGUUCCCACUCGCUAAUAAACGCUUAAAAAAACAACAAUAACUUUCAUAAUUUGAAUAGUUUAAAAAUAUAUUUGGAAUAGGUUUAACUUAAUGUUUAAGUUCCCUGUGUAAAGAAAUAGAAAACAUACGAAUCUUUCAUUUCAUGGCAAUAUCCUGAGUCUGCAAUCACGGCUUCAAUUUUUGAAUUGUAGAAUAAUUUGAUGCCCUAUCUAGUGUAUAUAAGAUAUCUAUGUCAUAAACACAUUGGCUUCUUAUUGUUUUCAACCACAUAUAAUCAAACCUACCAGAAUUACAGACCAUUCUGCUACAUUGAUUGGUAACAUAUGUUUCAAUUCCCUUGAACACGAGGUUUCCAGUGGCAAUUUGCUGUGUGAUUUGACUGAUCAUCUUCCAAAUUUUUGUACUAUUUAGAACACGAGUAGGAGUGUUUUAUCAGAUAUAAAACGCGAGGCGUAGCCGAGCGUUUUAUGUCUGAUAAAACACGACAACCAGUGUUUUGAACAGCUUAAAAUACUACUACAAAAGAAUACUAAUUAGGAUGAACCAUUAUAUAAUCAUACUAAUUAGGAUGAACAAUUAUAUAAUGCCACAUGCUUUAUCAGGUAUAAAGUCACUCCACGUGACAUAUUAUGGCUGACAUGAUUUGCCACAAGGUUUAUGAAUUAUUAAUGAGUAUUUUAAGUACUGUUUAAUAAACGAGUAGGAGUGUUUUAUCACAUAUAAAACACAACGCGUAGCGGAGUGUUUUAUAUGUGAUAAAACACGAACUACGAGUUUAUUAAACAGCUUCAAAAACGUCUCAGUUAGAUCACGGCAUUGGCGAAAUAAUUUUCCAAAAUAACUUUGUGUUACCUGAGAAAAUACAAGUUGAAAUUUGAAGCGUGUUUUAUCACAUAUAAAGACACGCCACGCUUAUGAUUUCUCUUUGUGUUUUCCUCAUGAACUAUUAAUGAGUUUUUGAAUGAUUAUUAAUGAUCUGUUAUGCUCCACAUACCGUGGUGCCAUUUACAAAAAAGAUUAUUCUCGAAUGGAUGAAGAAAGCUUGGUUGCUGAGAAGUUCAUAGUAUUAAUUGGGACGACACAUUUACAAAGGCAAAAGAUAUUAAUUCAAUUUUUGAGAUAUUUCAUAUAAAGAUUAAUGAAGUUAUAGACAAACAUGCUUCGUUAAAGAUACUUUCCAAAAGAGAGUACAAAUUACACACAAAGCCUUGGGUAACAAAAGGAAUUAGAAUUUCCAUUUGCCAAAAAGAAUAAGAUUUAUAAAAAAUAUUUAAAAUUUAAAAACGAUUACUAUUAAUCUAAAUUAGACAUAGAAAUUAGUAGAAGCAUUUGUUACUCAUUUGUAAAAAACAAUAUUGUAGUAAUUAUUUCAAAUCAAACAAUCACAACAUUAAAGAAACGUGGAGAGGAAUUAAGCAAAUAAUUAGCCUUAAGAGACGAUCUUUCAAAGCACCUCAUGUAUUGGAGCUAGGCAUGCAGUUCAAAAUUAACUGAUAAGCAGAGCAUUGUUAAUGCCUUUAAUAAUUAUUUUGUAUCCGUUGGCCCCGAGUUGGCUGCCAAAAUUCCUAGUGCUAAUUAAACAUUCAUAAAUAUAUGACUACACCUCUCAGAAAUAGUUUUGUAUUGUUUCCUGUUAUAUAACAAGUGAAAUAGAGCAAGAAAUUGAUAACUUAAAUGCUUCUAAAUCAAAUGUUCCUUUCAGUAUCCCCACUAAACUGCUUAAAAUUUUAAGAAACCUUUUUUCUGCUCCAUUGGCAUUCCUAUUUAACUAUUCUUUCAGUGUUGGUGAGGUCCCAAAAAAUUUCAAAAUAGCUAUAAGGUAGUCCCCAUCUCCUUAUUAUUAAUUUUUAGUAAAAUUAUGGAAAAAUUAAUGUAUAAUAGACUAAUUGAUUAUUUUCAGAAUAAUAAUGUUUUCUUUAAUGGCCAAUUUGGAUUUCGUGCUAACCAUUCAACUGCGCAAGUUAUUCUCCUAAUAACUGACAAAAUACAGAAUUCAAUAGAAAAGAAACUAUUUUCCUGUGGUAUAUUCUUGGACCUAAGCAAGGCAUUUUACACCGUUAAUCAUGACAUACUAAUUCAGAAACUUGAAUAUUAUGCUAUCAGAGGAUUACCAGGGAAUUGGUUUCGUUCCUAUUUAACUAGUAGAUCUCAAUAUGUUUCAAUUGAAAAUACCAACUCUGUUCUAAAGUCGAUCACCUGUGGCGUUCCGCAGUGGUCGGUUUUGGGACCAUUGUUAUUUUUACUGUAUAUUAAUGAUUUUUGUAACUGUGCCUUACAGCUGGAUUUUCAUCUUUUUGCUGAUGACACAAAUUUAUUUUGUGCUGACAGGAGAUUACAGGAUCUAAAAUUCAAAAUGGAUAAUCAAUUGCAAUAUGUAAAUGGUGGCUUUGUGCCAAUAAACUAUCCCUCAAUGCAGACAAAUCAAGCUUUGUCAUGUUUCAUCCUCCACAAAAGAAACGUGAUUAUCCAUUUAAGCUUCUAAUAAGAGGAGAGGUUAUGGAGGAAAAGAAGAAUGCAAAUUAUUUAGGAGUAAUUAUUGAUUCCAAUCUGAACUGGAAGGCUCAUGUCCAUGAGUUAUCUAAAAAACUAGCUAGAAGUAUUGGUGUAUUGUCCAAAUUAAGUUAUUUUGUUCCUACAAGUAUUUUAAUCCAAUUAUACUAUUCUAUUAUUUUUCCAUUUCUGGAAUACAUUGUAAUCAUAUGGGGAAAUACCUAUCACUCAAACCUUUGUCCUCUUGUAGUUCUGCAAAAAAGCUAUACGCAUCAUUACUUUUUCUAACUUCAGGGAGCAUACUUCUCCUUUAUUUAAAAAAUUAAAUGUAUUAAAAUUUCCAGAUAUUGUUUAUGUCAACACAGCACUUUUUGUACAUCAGUAGUAAUGGCAAACUUCCUGAGGCCUUUAAUGACUUCUUUAGCCUAAUACAAAAUCAGCAUAAUUAUAAUACUCGACUUCCGUCAAGACCCACCUACUCUAUUCCUCCAGCUCGCACAAAUUAUGGCAAAUUUAGAAUCAGAUUUAGAGGAACUCAGAUUUGGAAUGAAAACUCUUUCUAAAUUUACUUUCAAACAUAAGUUUUAAAAGAACAGCUGAUUGGUGCCUACUAAGUCACAUCACGAAAUUUCCCCCUAUAUUUUCCUUUUUUCCACUUAAUAUUAUUCAAAAUAUUUGAGCUAUUUUUGUUUUCUUCAUGUUUUUGUUGUCUGUGCAAUUAAGCUUAUCACGGAGCGCCGUUUCGGGCGUUAACCCUUGGCGAGGGUACUAAUUCCGCCCGGCUAUUUACACCCGGGAAAGGGAAGCAUUAGCGAAGUCUGAAGUUCGUCAAUGAUCGCGGGCGUGGGUCACCAACCGCGGUAGGUGGGUGGUCAUUCUCGCUGAUCUCAAAAAUAUGGCUUGUUUGCCAGGAGUGGGAUAGGCAAGAUUUCAAUUUUCUAGAUUUCAAUUUUCAAUAUUUGGAAAAUCACGUUUCACACAAUGAGCUUUCAAGCACGUUGUUUUAAGAAAUGAGAAGAAUUGAUUUACUGUGUAAAAUCGUGAAAUAUAGGGCAAGUUUGCUUUGAAUGUUUAAUCUUUAUGGACAUUGUUGCUUUAAUUUAUUGCGUAAAACAUGCACUGCUUUCCUUUUCAAUGAAGCUGUAUUAAAGUUUGCUAAAUUACCCUGUCUAAUUGAAGAAAAAAACGUAAAAUGUAAAGGAGAGCAAAUUAAUUUGAAAACCGAACUGAAAUUACUCAACAAUUUGAACUUAUUUUGUUUUAUUAAGUAAAAACAGUUUAUCUGAAAAAGCAGUUAUACUUUAAUAUAGUUAUUAAAAUGAACAUUUCAAAACAUUUUACCCAGCGAUUCAGGUUUUACAUUAAAUUUUACAUUAAAUCAAAGCUCACAAAAUGCAGAGCAACAUACUUAUACAGUACAUAUUUCGGAAAUUCAUUGUUAUAUAGUUAAAAGCAAUAAUCUUUCAACUAUUUUUGCCGUGUUGUGCAAAAAAUAUAAUAAUAUUUAAAUCUAUCGUGUUGCCAUGGCAACACUGACAUAAACGCGAGCAUUCGUUCAGUGUUGUUCAAUUACUAUUAUAUAAUAACUACAGUGAAACACGCAAUUUGAUUGGUCAACAGCCGUGCAGGAUCAGGCAAUCCUGCACGGGAAAUUCUGGACAGAAAUUCUUGCACAUAAUUUUACAAAUAUACUCGCAUUGUAAAGUUUCAUUGUACGAUACCUUUCGACUUUGAAGUAAGUUUCCAAGACGUUGGUUUAGUUGUAUGAAUAAAUUUCUGAUCGAUACAUUCCUGUUCAAGCAAGUAGCAACGCGUAGCGUUGAAAUUCAUCAGACCAUGGCAAGUACAACAUCUCUCGCUAGUCGCUUCAAAGUUCAAACGCUUCGCAAUCUUCAAGUAUUCAGGUCGAGAAUCUUUUCAUAAAUACUUUGGCUCUCUGUUUAGCGGGUUUUCCAUUUCAAAUUUCGUAAAUAUUAUCGAAAAAAUCUCUGUAUUUUCGCUCAAUAUUUUCGCGAAUUUGCGAUCAAAUUCUAUUCGCAUUUGUUGUUGUUUUCAAUAGCGUGGAGUAGCGAUUCUCCGAUUGGUUAUUUGACGAUUGUUGUGAGAACUGCACAUUUCAUCAGUAAUUUUAAUCAAGUUAACCGUGGUUUCACUGUAGUAAUUUUAUAAAACAAUUACCAAAUGGUUUUCCCGUCCAGGAUAGCAUGAUCCAUGCAUUUGGGAUGUUGCUCGACAUUCGGAAAGCGUAAAAAUACACUCGCCUACGGCUCGUGUAUUUUCACGCUUUCCGAAAGUCCCGCAACAUCCCGCCUGCAUGGAUCACGCAAUCUUGCAAGGAAAACCAUUCAGUAUUCCUUUAAUACUUCAUGUUAAAUAAAUGUUUGGAAAAUACAUGCGAGGGGUUGCUGCAUGCAUGCAUUUCUAGUUAAGUAUUUCUAUAUUGAUUACUGUCUUAACUCUUGUAAUCAUGUUUUUCUUGUGUCUCUUUAAUUAAAGGCCACCCUUCUCGAUUAGUCGUUAUGGUUAUCACAGGUGGCCUUCACCCUCAUUUGUAAUUUUUAUCUAUAACAGAAUGUACUUGUAUCUUUUUGAGUGUUAAUAAACUAUUGUUGUUGUUGCUAAAAAUAUCAUGCGCAGGCACCAAGACGUAGAAUGCCAUCAAAAAUUGAAUGAGAAAAUCUACUCGUUCGAUCAUUAUAUUGGCAAUUAAUUAAACUCCAUUUUUCUGUAUAGCCACUCCAAAUCAUUAUGGGAAACAUUUCAUUACUGGGUUCACAGCUCAGCAUAUUGAUUAUCGAGAUGACUACAUUGGAUUGUCAAUUCUUGCCCCCUACGACACAAACGUUACGAUAUUUGGUACUCUGUCAAGCAAGCCUUGGAACUACACUGUUCAUAUUAAAGAAGGAGAAAGUUAUGAGUAUAAACUGCCGAUUUCACUACGAAUGGAGAAAUCAAAAUACCGGCAGAAUGGUAUUGAAAUUUUAUCAACGAGAGACAUUUCAGUAAUCUGUUUAAAUCAGCAAGGUUAUAGACAGGCAGCGGAUGGAUACUUGGCUUUACCAACCAACACACUUGGUGUAGUUUACGUUGCUGCCUCAUAUCAACCGUAUAGUUCGAGCUAUAGAGCGAAUAUCGCCGUAAUAUCAGCACAUAACAAUAACACAGUUAUUGUUCUUCCCAACAAGAACGCGGUUAUAUACUAUCGCGGUCUCUGGUAUGAUGACAGUACAUCGCUAUUAUACAUAACCCUAGUCCUUGAAAAACUUGAAGCACUAUACAUUUCGGGUUCAUCAGAUUUAUCUGGAACAAUUGUUAUCGCAAGUAAACCAGUGACGGUUAUUUCAGGCGUAGACUAUGCACGUAUUCUGGGAUCGUCUGAUUUCUUAGAAGCGUUCCUUUUACCUGUUUCAUCGUGGGGAUAUGAAUACAUAUUGACAACGGUAGGAGCAAUGGAUAAAAAUCAGGGGGAUAUUUUUCGUAUCUUUGCGUAUGAAAAUAAUACU